CCUCCUUCAAUUGUAAGAUUGACAUUUUCAUUCAUUCUGAAAAGAGUGGAUCACAAAAAUGGCUCCGAAAGCGAAAGAGAAAGAAAGGGCAACAACAGCAAUAUCAAUAGAAGAUCUCUUCACUUCACUUAAUCGCCAUAUCCAACGAUCCGAAUAUGAUCAAGCCGUCAAAAUUUCCGAUCAAAUUCUUGCGGCUGCGCCUGGAGAUGAGGACGCGAUACGGAGUAAAGUGGUGGCUUUAGUGAAAGCAGAUUGUAUAGAAGAAGCAUUGGCUGCUAUUAAAGAGUGUAGCAAAAAGGCUUCUAUUGAUCUUAGCUUCUUUAAGGCAUAUUGCUUAUAUCGGCAAAAUAAAUUGGAGGAGGCUUUAGAGUCCUUGAAGGGGCAUGAAGGAAGUACUGAGUCAAUGCUGUUGGAGUCUCAGAUUUUAUAUCGUUUAGGAAAGAUGGGUGCAUCUGUUGAUAUUUAUCAAAAGCUUCAGAAGUCAGCGGUAGAUUCCUUGGAGAUAAAUCUUGUUGCUGGGCUGGUGUCUGCUGGAAGGACUUCUGAAGUGCAGGGAACCUUGGAUUCACUGAGAGUUAAAGCAACUAGCAGUUUUGAAUUGGCUUACAACACUGCCUGCUCUUUAAUUGAAAGGGAGAAGUAUAAAGAUGCAGAACUAUUGUUAUUGUCAGCUCGAAGAAUUGGUCAGGAAACACUAAUGGAAGAGAACUUAGCUGAUGAUGAUGUUGAAAUUGAAUUGGCACCUAUAGCUGUUCAAAUUGCAUAUGUACAACAGAUUCUAGGGAACACCCAAGAGGCUGUUGCAUCUUAUACUGAUCUUGUCAAAAGAAAUUUGGCUGACGAGUCUUCACUUGCGGUGGCAGUAAAUAAUCUCAUUGCUUUAAAGGGUCCUAAAGAUGUCUCUGAUGGCCUUAGGAAACUUGAUAAGCUAAUAGAGAAAAGUGAUGGACCAGAGAAGUUCCAGCUUGCUCGUGGACUGGACUUGAAGCUCUCACAGAAGCAAAGGGAAGCAAUAUAUACCAAUAGGGCGCUGCUGCUACUUCAUUCUAAUAAGAUGGAUCAGGCUAGAGAACUUGUUGGUGCUCUACCUGGGAUAUUCCCUAGUAGCUUGAUGCCUGUACUUCUUCAAGCUGCUGUACAUGUGAGAGAGAACAAGGCUGCUAAAUCUGAAGAAAUACUUGGACAGUAUGCAGAUAAGUUUCCUGACAGGUCCAAGGUUAUCCUGCUUGCAAGGGCUCAGGUUGCUGCAGCUGCCGGCCAUCCGCAGAUUGCAGCUGAUUCCUUGGCGAAAAUACCCGACAUUCAGCACCAGCCUGCAACUGUUGCGACCCUUGUUUCUCUUAAGGAACGAGCUGGAGAUAUUGAUGGUGCCGAUGCUGUGUUUGAUUCUGCAAUCAAGUGGUGGUCGAAUGCCAUGACUGAAGACAAUAAGCUCAAUGUCAUCAUGCAAGAAGCUGCUGCUUUCAAGCUCAGGCAUGGAAGGAAAGAGGAGGCAGCACGCCUUUUUGAGCAGCUAGUGAAAAGCCACGGAAGUAUUGAGGCUUUAGUUGGAUUAAUCCAGACUGCAGCCCAUGGCGACAUUGAGAAAGCAGAAGCUUAUGAGAAGCAGUUAAAGCCACUACCUGGUUUAAAAGCAAUAGAUGUCGACAGUUUGGAGAAAACUUCUGGUGCCAAGCAUGCCGAGAAAGGUCCCAACGCUGGUACCACUGAAGCAUACGAAGCCAAGAGUAAGGAUAAGGCGAAGAAAAAGAGGAAAAGAAAGCCAAAAUAUCCAAAGGGCUUUGACCCAGCUAAUCCAGGACCUCCGCCCGAUCCAGAGAGGUGGCUUCCCAAGAGGGAGAGGUCUACUUACAGACCAAAGAGAAAGGACAAGAGAGCAGCUCAAAUUAGAGGUUCUCAGGGUGCAGUGGCUAAAGAGGCGGCGAGCAGUAGUGAUACGAAAUCAAACCAGCCAGCUAAUCCUAAAGGAGCCUCUCAGAAUGCAGGCAAUGUGCAAUCAAAGGCUUCAUCCAAAUCUUCGAGGAAGAAAUCGAGGAAAUAAUCCAACAGAUAACCUUUUGUUUCUUUGUUAUUGUUUCGGUGGAUUCUUUUUGACUGAUUCUUUUAGUACUAGUGGGGAAUUGCCCGUGCUAAGCAUGGGCCCAAUGUCUAAUUUUUAUUUUGUGUUUCAACUGAGAUUCUAUUGGUAUUUUAUAUUUCAGAGAAUGUGAAGGGUGCGUUGCUACAGCGCAUGGGCAUGCA